UAAUAAUGACAAAUAAUUUGUUUUUGUCAAUUGUCAAAAUAUGGCCUGAACCCUUCCUGAACCUCAAAGGCCUUUUGCUUUGGUUUGUUAAGAUUACGUGUUAAAUAAGUGUAUAAAAACUAUCAAUAAUUAUCAUAAUUAUUGAAUUAUUUUAUCUUUAAGUAACUAUUUAUAAGUUCUCUUGACAAUUUAUUACUUUGAUUUUGGAAUUAAAUCAUGACAACCAACACCCGAGUCGCAGUUUCACAAAUACUCCGCAAUAAAGAUGAAACAGCAGAUGAAGAAGAUGAGCCCAAAAAGAAGUCCCGCGAGGACUGGAGGAAGGCUAAGGAGCUCGAAGAGGCUCGUAAAGCUGGAACAGCACCCGCUGCUGUUGAUGAAACUGGCAAGGAUAUAAAUCCUCACAUUCCACAAUAUAUAUCGUCGGCUCCCUGGUACUAUGGUACCUCUGGACCCACACUGAAACAUCAGCGGCCUCAGGCUGACAGAGAGGCGGAGUUUACCAGACUUGACACAUAUUAUAAUAAGGGUGUUACUGGGAAUGUAGCUAUAAAAUUCAGAAAAGGUGCCUGCGAGAACUGUGGAGCGAUGACACACAAGAAAAAAGAUUGUCUUGAGAGACCUAGAAAGAUAGGAGCCAAGUUUACAAAUGCAGGCAUCGCUCCUGAUGAGUUCAGUCAGCCGAACCUAAAUCUGAGCUAUGACGGCAAACGCGACAGAUGGAAUGGAUACGACCCGGAACAACACAAAGCUAUUAUUGAGGAAUAUCAGAAGGUCGAAGAGGCUAAAAGGGAAUUAAGAGCUCAGAAGCUUGAGGAAGAUCCGACAGCGACAGAGGAAGAUGACAGAGAAGGAGAGGAUGAGGACAAGUACGUGGACGAAGUGGACAUGCCUGGAACUAAAGUGGAUUCUAAACAACGUAUCACAGUGAGAAACUUACGUAUCAGAGAAGACACAGCCAAGUACCUCCGUAAUUUAGACUUGAAUUCUGCGUACUAUGAUCCUAAGACGAGGUCCAUGAGGGAUAAUCCGCUACCAGAGGCGGCGGAAUCGGAGUACGCAGGCGAGAACUUUGUCCGUUUCUCCGGAGACACCCGGGCGCAUGCCGCUGCCCAACUGUUUGCGUGGGAGGCUCACAACAAAGGCCUAGAUGUACACCUACUAGCCGAGCCCACUAAACUACAACUGCUACAGAAACAGUAUGAGGAAAAAAGGGACCAGUUCAAGACACAGGUGAAGCAGUCAGUGCUUGAUAAAUAUGGAGGGGCGGAGCACCUUCAGGCCCCUCCACGGGAGCUAUUACUGGCUCAGAGCGAAGUGUUUGUGAGAUACAACCGCGACGGAUCACUGGCCGGCCGGGCUGAGAAACAACUCGCUAAGAGUAAAUAUGAAGAAGAUGUUCUAAUAAACAACCACACAUCAGUGUGGGGUUCCUACUGGAAGGACGGACAGUGGGGGUACAAGUGUUGCCAUUCAUUUAUAAAGAUGUCAUACUGUGUCGGCGAGGCCGGAAAGUCUAUGGUUUUAGAAGUACCCGACACUGGGAAGGAAAUACCUCCAAAGGCGGAAAAGGAAGAGGAGAAAGACAAAAAGUCGUCAUCAUCAGAUUCAUCCUCGGAUAGCUCAGAAUCAGAGGAGGACAAGAGGUCGAAAACAGAAAGAACAAGUAAAAAGAAGAAGGACAAGAAGAAGGCAAAGAAGAAAAAGAAGAAGAAUGCCAAGAAGGAUAGGCGUGAAGAAGAUAAACUUAAAAAGGCCUUGGAAAUGGAGGAAAGAAAACAGAAACACGCGGAGUACCUGCUGUCUGUAGAUGAGAGGAAGCGGCCAUACAACAGUAUGACUGAAGUUAAAGAACCCACACAAGAGGAAAUGGAGGCUUAUAUGAUGAAGCGGCGAAGAGAAGAAGACCCCAUGAGCCAGUUUAUGUAAUUGAUGUACUAAAUGAUUAAUGUGACUUGGCUUUAUUUAUAAUACAAAUAAAUAUAAUAUCAAUGUGA